GCCGUGGGCGGGAUCAACCACCAGCACUAUAAAUAGGGCUGGCAGCAAAUCCGCCCUGGGAAACCAACCACUGAAGCCCGGAGCAGACGGCGUGGGCUGGGUGGAGGAGGCGCCCAGGAGGAGGUGUGGUGCCGGUGUCCUGUACUGUGCUCCUGUACUGUACUACAGCAUGUGCUCGAUGCCAACGCAGUGCCUGUAGGGCUUCGGCUCAGCUGGGACGUGGAUCACAGUGCUGGGUCAGAUCCAUAAGGGCUCCCCAGUAGGCACUAGGAAUGGCAGGAGCUCAGGUGGGACUACCAGGACCUUUCCUGGAGCCUCCCGUUGGGCCUUGCCCCGUCUCUGACUCUGACUCUGACUCAGAGGACGCAGCUGUGGGUGGCACAGGACCCAGCGCUGGGGCACAGAACUCCUCCCAGGUCAUCCACAGUGGCCACUUCAUGGUGUCAUCCCCGCACAGCGACUCACUGCCCCGGCGGCGGCACCACCGUGCUGAGCCCGAGCCUGCUGAUCCCCGGAGUAUCGACCCGACCCUCACGCGGCUCUUUGAGUGCAUGAGCCUGGAGUACAGUGGGAAGCUAGUGUCUCCAAAGUGGAAGAAUUUCAAGGGGCUGCGGCUGCUUUGCUGGGAUAAAAUUCGACUCAACAACGUGAUAUGGAGAGCAUGGUACAUCCAGUAUGUGGAGCGGAGGAAGAACCCUGUGUGUGGCUUCAUCACCCCUCUGGAGGGCAUGGAGGCUGAUGAGCACCGAAAACCAGAGGCUGUCGUGCUGGAGGGAAACUACUGGAAACGCCGCAUCGAGGUGGUGAUGAGGGAGUACCACAAGUGGAGGAUCUACUAUAAGAAGCGGCUCCGGAAGUCCACUCGGGAGGGAGAGAUCUCCAGUCCAAAGCAGGACGAGGAUGUCUGGAGGCCAACGGAGAAAUGGUGCAACCAGCUCUUCUGCAACGUAGUGCCCAUGCUGCUUGGCAAUGAGGAGGAGGAGGAGCGCAGGAGCAGGCAGCAUUUUGAUUUGGACGCCUUCCUCUCAGACAUAUCUGACACCCUCUUCACCAUGACACAGAUGCCCAGCACUCACCAGGCACUCCCCGAGGAUGUGUAUGUUGGGAAUGCUGACAUGAUACAGCCAGAUUUGGCACCCCUGCAGCCCAGCCUAGACGACAUGGACAUAUCAGGUCUGCUUAUGCCGGUCACUGUGUCUCCACUUGGUCCUGCAGAAAUGUUCACCGGCCACCGGCCACCCCCAUCUCAGACACAACCAGGCUACCAGGAUCCAUCCUGCUUCUUGCCCACGGCCGAGCCCCUGUUCAGCAGUGGGGCAUCCCUGAUGGGUGCUCAGGGUCUGCCUGCGAGCCCUGAGGCCCAACUCCUACCUGGCACCCUUCUCCAGCCCAGUGGUGCCUCCCAGCUCAGCCUCCACAGCGCCUUCCUGGGCUCUGAGCGGCCCCUGGCCCCCUUGCCCCCCGAACCCCCUGACAUGGCACCCAGCAGCCUCAGCCCCCAGCUCCGACACAAGCCCACACUGCAGUACGACCUCCCUGGCAAGUGCCUCAGCCUGGAGCCGCCAGUACCCCACUAUGUCCCUCCCAUCCAAUGCCCCCGGGCGCCACUGCUGAGCCCGGAACCCCCCUUCUCUCCUGCCUCCGCCCCCCGCUCUAAGUUCCCCUACGCCAGUUCACCUGACCCCUCGCUUGUCACCCACCCUGCCUCCCCUCUCUCAAGCCCUUGCUUCACCCCCUACAUCCCAGGGCUGGGCUGUGCCACAGGCAUGGGAACCCAGGGGUACCCCAGCCCUGCUGCCUCCCAGCUCCUGCCCCCUGCCCUGCUGGGCAACCCCAGGUUUGCCCCCCACAAGGGGCUGCCCCAGGCUGGGGGUGGGUGGCCCAAGGCGAAGCCCAGUGGCACCAAGGCAAGGAGGCUGCCAGGACACCCCCUGUCCCACCUGCCCGAGCCCAACCCCUGCCCGAGCCAGCUGCUGACCGCAGCCAAGCAGGACCUGGCACUGGAUACCCCUCGCCCGAUGGAUGCAGGACUCAUGCCUCCAGCCCCUGUCUCCCCGCAGCAAAGCACUGUCCCCAAAGUCCCUGCCACCUUCUUCUCCAGAAUGGCCCAGAUGAGCCCAGGACUGGCUCCUGGCUCCAGCCCUUCCCAAGUGGUGCUGCACACAGUGGGCACGCAGCCGGGCCCCCUGCGAGUCCCCAAGGCAGAGCAGCUGUCCCCCACCUCAGCUUGUGGCAGUGACUGGCCCAAGCCCAGCCAGGCUUCCCCGGGACCCACUGCAAGGCUGGGCACUAGCAUCUCACUGCACCACCCCAUGUCCCAUCCAGGGAGGCCCGAGUCCAGCAAGCUGGAGAGCCGCCGCAUCACACACAUCUCUGCUGAGCAGAAGAGACGCUUCAACAUCAAGCUGGGCUUCACCAUGCUGCACAGCCUGGUGAGCACACUGAGUGCUCAGCCCAGCAUCAAGGUCAGCAAGGCCACCACCCUGCAGAAGACAGCCGAGUACAUCUGCAAGCUGCAGCAGGAGCGGGCAGCUCUGCAGGAUGAAGCGCAGCAUCUGCGGGAGCAGAUCGAGGAGCUCAAUGGCUCCAUCAACCUGUGCCAGGAGCAGCUGCCGGCCACAGGGGUGCCCAUCACGCGCCAGCGCUUUGACCACAUGCGCAGAAUGUUCGACGAGUACGUUCGCUCGUCCACACUGCAGAACUGGAAGUUCUGGAUCUUCAGUAUCAUCAUCCGGCCCCUCUUUGAGUCUUUCAAUGGCAUGGUGUCCACAGCCAGCAUGGAGAGCCUCACCCAAACAUCCCUCGCCUGGCUGGACCAGCACUGCUCCCUUCCAGCGCUUCGGCCAACCGUCCUGAGCUCCCUGCGGCAGCUGAGCAUCUCCACCUCCAUCCUCAGCGACCCGGCCCGUGUCCCCGAGCAGGCGGCGCAGGCGGUGGCGGCGCUGGGACGCCCCGGCGCCUCCUCCUCCUCCUCCUCCUCCUGACUGCUCCAGGGUGUCCUACGGGCACCCGCGUGGGGAGCCCGGGCUGCGCGAGGGCUGUCCCUCCCCCGUCCCCCUGCAAUAAAGAACUUGCUGUCCCACGGA